UUCUUUGCUUUGCGAAAGUUUCUGAUGGGUGGAGCAUCCAGUAACCCCUAUUUCCCAAGCUCUUUCAACUUCCUUUAGAAGCAAGUACUUUCCUGCCCUGAUUGUGAUUUUUAGCACAGGUGAACUGGACCCUGUGAGCACUCUCAGCUAAUAAAUGUGCCCUUAAAAGAUUCAAAACAUGAGAUUGCCUGCAAAGAUUAUUUGGUUGAUAUUGUGGACUGUUUGUACAGCAGAAGAUUGCCAGGGACCUCCUCCAAUAGGAGAUACAGAAAUUCUGUUAGGUUCCUGGCCUGACCAGCCUUAUACAGAGGGUACUCAGGCUACCUACAAAUGCCACCCUGGCUACAGAACCCUUGGCACCAUCAAAAGGGCAUGCAGAAAUGGAGAAUGGGUGGCUCUUAAUCCAGCCAGGAUAUGUCAGAAGAAGCCCUGUGGACAUCCUGGGGAUACUCCAUUUGGUUCUUUUCAUCUUGAAGUUGGAAAUAAAUUUGAAUAUGGUGCAAAAGUUGUUUAUAAAUGUGAUGAGGGGUAUCGAAUGUUAAGCGAGAAUAAUUUCCGUGAAUGUAAAGCAGAAGGAUGGACAAAUGACAUUCCUAUAUGUAAAGUUGUUAAGUGUUUGCCAGUGACAGAACCAGAGAACGGGAGAAUUAUCAGUAGUUCGAUAGAACCAGAUGAGGAAUAUUAUUUUGGACAAGUCGUGCAGUUUGAGUGUAAUUCAGGCUUCAAACAUGAAGGACACAAAGAAAUAUUUUGUUUAGUAAAUGGUCAUUGGAGCAAUGAAAAACCAAGAUGUGUGGAAAUUUCCUGCACAUCGCCAGAAAUUAGAAAUGGCUAUUCGGUAUCUCCUAAGAAAAUUUAUAAGGAGAAUGAAAUAUUUCAAUAUAAAUGUAAUCAAGGUUUUGAAAACAGUGAAAGAGUAAUUGCUACAUGCACUAGUUCAGGAUGGAGUCCAAUUCCUUCAUGUGAAGAAGUAACAUGUAAUCCUCCUUAUAUUCCAAAUGGUGUUUACUCACCUGAAAGGAUUAAGCACAGAACUGAAGAUGAAAUCAGAUAUGAAUGUAAAAGUGGUUUUUAUCCUGCAACCAGGGGAAAUACUGCAAAAUGUACACGUAGUGGCUGGAUACCUCCUCCAAGAUGUAGCUUGAAACCUUGUGAUUUUCCAGAGAUAAAACAUGGACGUCUAUACUAUGAAGAAAGAUAUAGACCAUACUUUCCAGUACCUAUAGGACAACGAUAUACCUAUGAAUGUGAUAACAAUUUUGUGUCUCCUUCAAAAUCAUACUGGGGUUACAUUUAUUGCACAAAAGAAGGGUGGCUGCCAGAAGUACCAUGCAUCAGACAAUGCAUUUUCAAUUAUGUGGAAUAUGGAUAUUACUCACGUGAAACAAGACAUUUACUGCAUGAGUCUGUUAAAGUUGAUUGUUAUCCUGGCUAUAGUCUUUCAAAUGGUCAAAACACAGUUACAUGUACAGAGAAUGGCUGGUCCCCUCCUCUCAAAUGCAUUCGGAUUAAUAUUUCCUGUGUGAAUCCACCCAAAGUGGAAAAUGCUAAUAUAAUAUCAAACCAGAUGCUUAAGUAUCCGUCUGGUGAGAGAGUACGUUAUGAAUGUAUCAAACCUUUUGAAAUAUUUGGCGAAGUAGAAGUGAUGUGUCUAAAUGGAACUUGGACAGAGCCACCUCAGUGCAAAGAUUCCACAGGAAAAUGUGGGCCUCCUCCACCUAUUGACAAUGGAGACCUCACUUCAUUCCCAUUACCAGUAUAUCCUACGGGCUCAUCAGUUGAAUAUCAGUGCCAAUCCUUAUAUCAACUUGAGGGUAGCAAGACAGUAAUAUGUAGAAAUGGAAAGUGGUCAAACCCGCCAAAAUGUUUACUUGCAUGUGUAAUAUCAGACGAAAUCAUGGAAAGAUACCACAUAACCUUAAGGUGGAAAGAAUGGCAAAAGCUUUAUGCUUCAUCAGGGGACACAGUUGAAUUUGUGUGUAAACAUGGAUAUUCUCCAUCAACUCGAAGUCAAUCAUUUCGUAUAAGGUGUAUUGAUGGUCAUCUGGAAUAUCCCGCUUGUAUUAAGAGAUACUCUUAAUUUCAUUAAAAUGUGCACUUAAAUUCAGAAUUUUUAUUAUUAAUCUAGCUUUCAAUUUUAUUUUAAAGUAUUGUUUAACUCAUUUUUAUUCAUAAAUUAGAAUUUGUGUUGAUACCUGCUAAUGUGUUUAGAAUCUGAGAGGCUAGAGCCCCACAUCUUAAAAGCACUGCAUUCAAAUUUGGCAAACCAAAGUGCCACGCAUCCUAUUUAUAAAACAUCUAUGCAAGAAAUUAGAUGCAAUUACUUCGUGCUUGUCUGUAUCCAUCAUUCUCCAAACUGAAAGUUUUCUACAUAACUUUUGGGGCUCUCUGAGACUCUGUUUCACAGUGCAUAAAAAGAUAGACUCUCCAUCUUCAAAAUUAUAUAAUUCAGAAAGAUCUAAAUACCAAACAAAGUCAUGACUUAUAUUAGUCAAAAAUAUAAUCAAUUACUAAUUAUUAUUUAUCCAUAAGCAAAUGUAAAAAGAUGACAUGUGAGCUUCUAAAAUAUAUGAAUCUAGUACAUUCAACAAUGUAAACAAAUCAUAAAGAGGAAUAGAAGCUUAAUUAGAUAUAUAACUAUAAAACUAUCAUAAUUGUUACUAUGUAACUAUGGAAAAAUGGCAGAAAAUGCAAUAAAAUCUGUAAAAACUAUAUUUGUGCUUAGAGGUAAGAGGAUUGACUUGUUUAAUUCCUUUAAAGAGACAGUCUCUAAAUUAUGGUGGUUUAAUUUGUGAUUUUUUUUUUUUUACUUUACAGUAGUAUGAAAGUGAUAUGUAUUCAGUAGAAAUUGUACUUUAAUCUGUUUCUAUGACUAGAAAUACAUGGUAGACUACUUUUAUGGUAUUGGGUAACAGCAGUUUACAGCAUCCAAUUGGCCUUGUGAUUAACUAAGUAUACUACAGGGUACUGUUCUGCUAAGCUAUGAUAUAUGAUAGGUUGGUAUAUUAAAUGUAUGUUCAACUUAAAAUAAUUUUAAUUUAUCAUAAGUUAAUCAGGAUGUAACAUUCUAAAUUGAGGAGUAUCAGCAUUUAUAUUAUAUUGUACAAUUUUUAAACCUUUAAUAUACUCAGUUUUGAACUUUGAGAAUAAGUCUUUUUAAGACAAUAAUGCCUAAAAACCAAGGUGAUCUUGUGGAGAAAUAUAAACGCCUUAUUGGUAAUGAUCUCAAGGUCAAAUUAUGCUUUAAUGAGUUUUUUUGUUGCAGAAAUUUUUUUCUUCUGUUUUUAAAAUUUCAGUAACAAGAUCUUGAAGUGUAAUUUUAUAUCUUUGCAUUUCAGACAGCAGUAUUUAGUUAAAAUCACUUUGUCUAGAAACAUUUUUUGAUUUUUAAAAAGCUAUAAUCUUAGGAUGAAAAUAAAGAUAAAGAUAAAAAUGUACAAAACUUUAAGGUGAUAAAUUGUUACCUCUUAUUGUAUAAAAUCAUAAAGCUUAUAUUAAACGCUUUCCUCUUGUUUGAGAUCCUGAUUUAGAUAAAUUGAAUUGAGACAGAUUUUUUUCAAUUUUAAUGAAAUUGGUUACAACAAACAAGUAAUCCUUGUGUUUAAUUUUAACACCUGAAUAUACUUAACUCAGUCCCAUUGGGCCACUAUAACAAAUAUAACUUGUCCAUUGUGGCUUAUUUUAAAAAGACAUAUCUUUCAUACAGUUCUUGGAGCUGAGAUGCCCAAGAUCAAGGCACCAGCUAACUUGGUGUCCCAGGAGAGCUUAUUCUGUUUUGCAAAUGGCAUCUUCUCACUAGGUAGAAGCAGCAAGGAAGUGCUCCACCCUUUCCUUGUAAGGGCACUGUUUCUACUCUUGAGGAUGGAACCCCAUCUCCUAUUCACCUAAAAAGACUUCAUCUUCUAAUAUGCUCACUGUGGUCACUAGGAAUGAAACAGUGACAUUUAGGGGGACACAAGCAUUCAGGACAUAGAAGAGAAUAGGGAAGGAAAAAGACAGUCCAUGCCACAGAACCAAAAGGCAGUAAUGAUGUUUACACUUCUAUUUCACAGAGGAAUUUUAGCCAAACAUUGUAAUACAGAGAUAAAAGAAGGUCAUUUUAUACACACACACUCUCUCUCUCUCUCUCUCUCUCUCUCUCUCUCUCUCUCUCUCUCUCUCUCUCUUUCUCUCUCCAACAUGGGAGAAGCUAAAUAUAAAAAAGCAAAUGUUAAUAGAUCUUAAGGGAGAAAUAGAUUGCAAAAUAAUAAUAGUAGGGUGCUUCCAUACUCCAUCUUUAAUACAAUAGAUAGGUCAUCCUGACAGAAAAUCAAUAAGAAAACCUUGGACUUGAGCUGUAUGUUACACCAAAUAGACCUAACAGAUAUCCAUAGAAUAUUCUACACAAUAGCAGCAUACACAUUAUUCUGUAGUGCAUACACAACAUUCUCCAGGAUAGGUCAUAUGUUAUGCCACAAAACAAAUUUCACAUAUUUAAGAAUGCUGAAAUUAUAUCAAGUAUCUUUGCCAAAUAAAAGCCCAAAACUAUAUAUCAAUAACAGGGAAUAUUGGUAUAUUCACAAAUAUAUAGAAUUUGAAUGACAUCCUCUUGAUCUUCUAAUAGGUCAAUGACAAAAUUUAAAGAAAAAUGACACUUACAGACAAACAAACAUCAAAACAUAGAAUACUAAAACUAAGGUGCAGAAAAAGAAUUUUGUAAGGGAAAUAAGUAUAUAACUAUAAAUGCCUAUGUGAUUUAGAUCUCAAAUAAAUAACAAAGCUUCAAACUUUAUGCCUCAAAGAACUAGAAUAUGAAGAAGUAACUAAAGAUAUUAAGAGGGAGGAAAUAAAGGUAUCCAAAAAGAAAAAAACAAUAUUAAGAAAAAAAAGAAAAGAAAAUACUGAGAAAACACUAUUAAGCAUCUACAAAGCUAAAAGCUGAUUUUUAACCAAUAAACAAAAUUGUUAAAAGUUUAGCUGGACAAAUAUGGAAGUAAAUAAAUUUCAAAAUGAAGAAGAAACAUUACAGUUAAUAGCACAGAAAUACAAAAUGUACUACAAUUCUGGUAUGAACAAUUAUACCAGCAAUUUGGAUGACCUAGAAGAAAUGAAUCUUUGUAAAAAGUUGCAGCCUACCAGGACUGAAUCACAAAUACAAAAUCCCAACAGACUGGUAAUGAACAAGGAGUUUGAAUUAGUUAUUAAAAUUUCUUUUAUGAAAGAAAAGCCCAGGACCUGAUAACUUUACAGGUCGGUUUUAUAAAAUGUUCAAAAGUUAACAUGACAUGGAUGAACCCAACUCCCUUGUAUAACUAUGAAGAUUUAAAAAAAUUAUCACAAAUCCUUUUCAUAUCCUUCAAAAAAACUGAGGAGUAGUAAGCACUUCCAAAUUCAUUUAUGAGGCCAGCUGUUAGGGUCCAUAAACAAGUCAAGAUGGCGCCUGGCAUUUUGCCAGAGGGAGUGGUUGGAGAAGUAACGCCAGCAAGCCAUUAAGAUGAUAUUCCUUAAUGACUGCUGUGUCUAGAUUAUGUCAAUUAAGUUAAGCUGUGUGUAAUUAUUAAGAUGAAGAGAAUUCCUUAAUGACCAAUUGAUGUAUCUGGAUAUUAAUUGAAACAAGCUGUGUAUAAUCAGUUAAGUGUAUAUAUACCUCUACUGUCUGACAAUAAAGUGGCUCCCGAUGUAUCAACCUUCACAA